AAACGCGGAAAACCAAAACCAUGUAACGACGCGCCAGCAGCGAAAAAGAGAGACAAAAGUCACCGGCGCAGCGUAGACGCCGAUACAGAGCGGGAACGACGAUUGCCUAGGUACACUCGGCGAUACCUGUCGGCCCUCUACCGCUUCGUAGAAGUUCUUAGUCCGACAGGGUCCCGUAAGUGUUGCCCGGCGAAAGCCUAGGCACUCUCGGUGAUACCUGCCGGUAUUAUCGCAUAGCAAAGACCUUCGUAUUAAUUCUGAGUUCGAUGGGGUCCUGAAGGUGCUAUCCGGCGAUAGCCUGAGCGUUCUCGGUGAAAUCGACUGCCACGUCACGUGCCACGGUUCUCCCCCACUACGAUCGCUCCCGUCCGCGGGACUGCCUCCCCGUCCCCAUCGUCGGUCCGAAAUUCGGAGUCCCGGCAAAUUAUAAAUAUUGCUGUAAUUUCCACCCUGGAGUAGAUUGAGAUAUGAACCCCAGCCAAGAUCGCUUCCUUACAGCAGAAAGAGGCAUCACCGUCUGCUACAUGGUGUGGACAACGAACGUAGAAGGUCGCCGCAACGAGGCGGUGAGAAAGGCUACAGCCAGCGAAACCAGCAGACAGCAGUUUCUAGACGGACAUCUAGGAUUUCCACUUAGAUCGAGACGGUUUGCCAGACAGGGACCGUAUGCGGCUGCAACCGAGCUGGGCUGGGUUGUCUUUGGGCCGGUAAGUGGGAAAUCAAACAUGCCUCCACCACGGUCUUGCCUCCUAGCUGUGUCACUGGAGGACACUAUUCAGAGGAUGGUGGAAGCGUGAAGCCCGCACCACCAGUUGCAGGCAGCGACGACGAGCGGGCGCAGAAGAUACUCGAAGAUACUACGGUGAGAGUGGGCCAACGUUACCAGACAGGACUACUAUGGAAGGAUGACCACAUUGUGCUGCCACGGAGCUAUGAUAUGGUGUACAAGCGGUUGGUCAACGUCGAGAAGAAGAUGAAGCGCAACGGGUCGUUCGCGCAGGAAUACACCAGGAUCAUCAAGGAUUACGUGUCUAAAGGAUACGCUCGACGUCUGGAGCCUAACGAGGUUCCAGUGGAAAGCGACAGGCUAUGGUACUUGCCACACUUUGGAGUCGAAAACCCGAACAAGCCAGCUGUGCUCUUUAAUUUUAGAGAAGGUGCUGUUGGAGUCUGUGGCGACAUCAAGGAGAUGUUCCAUCAGGUCCUGAUCCAACCCGAAGACAGAUGUUCCCAACGGUUUCUGUGGAGAGAUGGCGAUGACAGAAGAGAUCCUGACAUCUACGAGAUGAUCGUAAUGACCUUUGGAGCAGCCUGCUCGCCAAGCGCUGCGCAUUACGUGAAGACUGUGAAUGCUGAACAGUUGCGACAUUCGGAUCCUAGAGCAGUCAAGGCCAUCAUCGACUAUAAUUAUGUGGAUGACUAUGUGGACAGCUUUGCUACCGAGAGCGAAGCCAUCAGCGUAUCUACCCGAGUGAAGGAGAUACAUGCGAACGCUGGAUUUGAGCUGUGCCAGUUUUCAUCCAGCUCACCAAUUGUGGAGACGGCAUUGGGCCCACCAGGAAGCGUGAGCGUCGGAUGGAAUUAGGCUGAACAGAAGAUGCUCGGAAUGUGUUGGCAGGCAGCCACGGACGAUUUCAGGUUCACUGUGAAGUAUCACCGAGUUCCAAGCAGCGUAUUGAACGGCGCUCGAGUCCCUACCAAGAGGGAGUAUUUGAGCUUGGUCAUGUCCACGUUCGAUCCCCUGGGUUUCCUGUGUUGCCUUAUGAUAACAGCGAAGUUGCUGCUACGAGAGAUUUGGAGGCAGAAGAUCCAGUGGGAUGAACCACUUCCGGACGAGAUAUACAAGGCCUUUGUGAACUGGCGCAAGGAAAUGGACGCCGUGGGACAGUUCCGAUGUCCUCGCCAUUACUUCGGGCGUGGACUUGUGAGGGCUAUAGAAAUGCAUGUCUUCGUGGAUGCAAGUCAGUCUGUAUUCGCGGCAGUGGCCUACUGGAGGGUCAUCUAUGAGGAUGACGACGUGCUGGUGAGCUUCGUAUGUGCUAAAACGAAGUGCGCGCCGAUGAGAACAAUGUCAAUCCCACGGUUGGAGCUGCAGGCAGCAGUUCUAGGAACCAGGCUGAUGGACACUGUCAAGAGGGAACACUGUGUGGCCAUCAGUGAUAUCGUUUUAUGGACGGACUCCAAGACGGUGCUAAGAUGGAUCGGCAGCACCCACCGGCGAUAUAAGCAGUUCGUCGGCAGUCGGGUGGCAGAAAUCUUGGAGUCGAAGAAGGUAGCCCAAUGGAGAUGGGUACCAACUGCCGACAAUGCGGCGGAUAAUUCGACGCGUUCGCAAUGCCACUUGGACCUCAGUCAGAAGUCACGUUGG